CGUGACGUCUGUUCUGUGAGACCCACAAAUACACACACAUACACACACACACAUAUACACACAUCACAGCCAGCGACAUACAUGAAGCUCGUGUCUGUCUGUCCGUCUGUCUCUGUCAUGGUGUCCCCCACCCAUCCCUCAUCGCCCCUCCAGCCCCUUGGUCGAGCAGCUGGCCUACUUGGUCGAGCAACAGACCAAUGCCUCAGGCCAGCUACCCUACCACUAAGCAAGAGUUGCUACGAAGAAUGGCGGCAACUCGCAAGACGCAACCACCUGCAGCGACGCCAGCUCUCUUCCCGGUAAUCAGAAUCAGUGUGUGGCGUCUUCACUCGGCCAAUCGUGCUGUCUGGCUCAAUCCCGACGACUGAGGAUGGAGCCAUGCAGCACAAUCGCAGGACUGAACACGCCACCCAGCGGUCCAAUGAGACAACAACCACACACGCACGAAACAUCCACCCCUUCAUCCGUUUGUCUGCCUGCCUGGGUGUGUCGACAAAGAUACCCCCCCAUCCGUAUACACACUCACUGACCGACCGAUUAGGCCACACACCGAAAAAGCCAUAUAUCCGUCCAUCUACUACCUCUGCACACUCAUAUUCGCCUCGCGGCCCUCCCUCCCUCUGUCAUGUGCCAUCGUCCAGGAAGCGCAUAAAGGCCGUCUGGUCCCACUCGCGCGCCAGUGUGCGCGGCUUCAUGACCACCAUGCCCCCCACUCGGCUGACCGUCUCGUAGAACUGACCGUCCAUGCAAAGGCAAGCGACACACAGACGCUCGUGUGUGUGUGUGUGUGUCUGUGUCUGUGUGAUGGCUUCCCAGCCCCUAAACCCCACCUCGAAUAUGGGAGCGUAAGCCUCUCUGUCAGCGUCACGCAGCACCACCCGAGAGCGGUCAUCGACGAACUUGAGGGCGUACAGCGCGGUUGCCACCCGGAAGCGGCCGUCGACAAAGAUCACAUCGAAGCGAGGGAGGCCGGGCUGCUCGAUGGCCUGGAUAUAGGGCGACAUGUCAACCCCGCUUGACGUCGGAUAACCUGACAGACAGAAAGCAGACACACACAACCACAACCACUGCACUCUCCCUCCCUCCCUCUCUCCCUCUCCCUCUCUGUGGCCCACCCACCAGCCCACCCACCAUAGGGAUCGGUUUUGCCGGUGUUGGUGCAGAUCAGCGUCAGGCGCCCCUGCCUCUCGUAGCACAACCACCGUGGCUCCUCCCUCAUCAGCUGGCAGAUCUCGGCCUUGUUCUCGGCCGACCAGACGUGCCUGGCCGAAGCCGCAGCGGCGAGGGUGCUCCAGCCGGACCCCCACUCGAAGUAGGUGAGGGUCCCUUUGGGCAGCAGCAGCUCGGUGAAGGCGCUCACCUCUCCAGGGGACAUGUUGAUGGGAUCCCGCGAGCUGGGGACGGACUCGCAGUCCUCCACACCACUGAUGCCAACCUGCGAAGAAGAGUUGUUGUUGCUAAUGUUAAUUAGGGAUGAUGUUGCGGCUGAUGACGCAGCGGACAGCCUGCCGAACACUGAUAAACCACACACAGCAGGCGCACACACAGGCAGAAAGAAGGCCUGUCCGUCUGUCUGUCUGUCUGUCCGCCUGUCGGUUCACCUGUCUUCUCCACAUAGUUGCGAAUGGCCGAGUAGUCCUGCAGUGUCAGCUGUGCCCUCCUGGUUAUCUCAGCAGCCGUCCCCUGCAGCUCAACCAGGCUCUCGAGCAGCUCCCGCAGCUGCCGCGGCACACCACCAGACCUCCCGACGCCAGCAGCAGCGGCGGGGCGGAGAAACCGCCUCCUUCCCUCGCUGCUGCUGGCGUGCACCUGCACCUGCUGGUCGAGAUCAUGGUGCCAGCUGCUUGUUGAGGAGAUCUGCAUGAGGCCCAGGAUGACGGCCGCCGAGCCCACACAGGCAAGCAGGUGGGCGAGCCGGAGAGAACAGACAGAGUGCU